AGGAGCCAAUGAGUGCGAGUCUUUGAGUGACAGCUGUCCAAUAGAGACCCUCAGUGCUAGUACGGCUAGCGGCUUAAGCGCCGCCGCGGUCUGAGGAAUGUCAACUAUUCAACAUGGAGGCGGAGGUCGAUAAGCUGGAACUGAUGUUCCAGAAAGCUGACUCUGAUUUGGAUUACAUUCAGUACAGGCUGGAAUAUGAAAUCAAGACUAAUCAUCCUGAUUCAGCAGGCGAGAAAAAUCCAGUUACACUCUUAAAGGAAUUGUCAGCGAUAAAGUCUCGAUAUCAAACUUUGUAUGCACGCUUUAAAGCAGUUGAUGUUGAGCAGAAAGAGACUAAGAGCCGUAUUUGUGCUACUGUGAAUAAGACUAUGAACAUAAUACAAAAACUACAAAAGCAAACAGACCUGGAGCUGACACCAGUGACUGAAGAAGAGAAAACUGCAGCAGAGCAAUUAAAAUCUCAUAUGCCAGACUUAUGAAGAAAUGGACUUCCAAUAGGGAACUCUAAUUGAGAAGAAAUCAAUUCCAUGGCUUACAUAGUUUUAGAAAAUUGUUGCUGCCCACUACUUCUAAGUCCAAAUGCCUGCUAUUGAAUAAUUUCUUUCUAGAUUGUUAAUGAUUCUCUACAUGUGCACUCUAGGUUAAGUAUAAGAAGUAAUUGCUUGCAAUAAACAGAAAGGAAAAAUUAAAUUCAAAUUAAGAAUUUGAUGUACGUCCUUGGUCUCACACCUUCAAUAAUGCAUUCUUUACACAUCUCUUCUGGAAGGAAAAUUGUAGAAAGCAGAUCCCCAUUAUAGGAAAGCUGAAUAUAGCUGAUACCAUUUUGCCCUUUCAAUAAGUCCAUGGCUACAGCUCAACUCAAGUGGCAAGAAAUGAAGGAUGGGGUGUGGGUCUGACAUCUUCACAGUCUGUGGGGCCCAUCUUUUUUUUUUUUUUUAAAUCUUUUAAUAAAAAUAUUUACUUGUAUUAUU